GCUUUUGAAAAAAAAAAAUUAAUUCAGUUUAAAUUUUUAUUUUUUAUAUUGUAAUAAAAACAUUGUUAUAUAUUCGCCAAAAAAAAGAAAAAAAAGAAGAAAAAUGAAAUAAACAAAAAAAUUGAAAAAGUUGACUAUAAAUUUAUAGAAAAAAAAAACAUUAUUUCAUUUUGCGUAAUUUCGCUGAACAAAUCAUCCUUAAGUUAACCCAUGGUAUGUACCAGAACGUGGCAUUAUACUCAAAGAAGCCUUUGCGUUUUCAUUUAACAAACGAAUGUAUAACAAAUGCAAAAAAUAGUGUAAAUAAAUGUUUACUUAACAAGUGUUUAUGCAAUAAAUGUAUAUGUAAGCGUACGCGCAAAUAUUACGUACACGUUAUACGGAUUAACUGCUUCAAAUUUGAAUCAUCCCCCACCUGGUGAACACCUUAAAAAAAAAAACGCACCCCCUCCGGCUACAAUUCCUGCCAAUCAAACUCUUACAUUUCAAAAUGAAUGUCGAUCUGUUAAACCGUGACCCAGCUGAAGAGGCCAAAAAACAUAAAUUAAAGAGAUUAAUACCAAGCCCCAAUUCUUAUUUUAUGGAUGUAAAAUGCCCAGGAUGUCUUCAAAUCACCACCUUGUUUAGCCAUGCGCAAAAUGUUGUUUUGUGUGGAAGCUGCAACAUUAUGUUGUGCCAACCAACGGGUGGAAAGUGCAAAUUAACAGAAGGUUGCUCCUUUAGGAAAAAAAUUGAAUAAAUGGUCUGCAAUGAAAGCUUACAGUAUUUAAUCACAUGACAAAGGGGGAAAAAAAAAAAAGAAGAAACGUUUCUCAUGCGAGAAGAACUAUGGGACGAAUUCACGAACAUUUGAACAAAACAAAUUUGCAAAAAUGUUGCGAAAUGACAACUUGCCUACACGUACUAAUUAAAAUGAGUUAAAAGUACAUAUAUUUUUUUUUUUUCCAUCCCAAGUAGAAAUAUACAUGGGUAUAUGCGAACUUAUAUAUACAUAUAUGCGUUGUGUACAUAUUUAGUAACUUUACAUUUACCCGAUUUUUUAAAUUAAAACAUUUAAC